AUGGCUGGCUGGGUGUGCGAUGUGUGCCUCGUGCCUAACGACGAGGAUGUUGCAGCUUGCUGCUGCUGCACAACUCCUAGGCCGGCAGGCGCCCAUCCUACGCCGUCUAAAGUCGAAUCUCAAGAGACGGUACCAGCUACCGAAAGCGUUGGCAAUGCGCCUCCGGAGGUGAAGGAUCAUAACGAAGAUGUGAAGCGCAUUAGGCAUUCGUUCACAUCACCCGACCCGCCUCUCAGCUGUGUCAUGGUCGUCGGGUCUUCUGAGGUGGACCAGUUGCCGCGGUCUAUCUGCGAUUCGCGUUUGGAGCCGGGGAGCAAAGACCCGGUGCCUAUGUAUGAGUGCUCGCUGCCAACGCCCGUGACGGACGGGUUGCGUGGUUCUCUGGUCGGUGUUUCCUGCGGCUCCCUUCACACGGCGAUCUUGACUCGCACUGGCCACGUAUACACUUUCGGUUGCAAUGAUCUCGGAGCACUGGGGAGAUCAGAGCAGGAUUCCGAGAAGGCGAAGUUGGCUGAGUGCGACCCUUGCAUUGUGCGGCUGCGUAGUCCGGUGUCUCGUGUAUCUUGCGGCGAUAACCACACGUUAUUUCUGACACAAGGCGGCGCUGUUUUCUUCACCGGCGCUUUCAGGGAUACAACAGGAAACAUUGGAAUCGCAGAUUUCGACGAGCUGGAACAACUUACCAAUGCAACGCACUUCAAAACCCCAGUUGCCGUACCGUGCACCAGUCCGGGUGCGGGUAUAAUUAAGGACAUUUGCUCGGGAGAGAACCACUGCUUGCUGCUUCCUACGGACGGUUCCGGUAUUUACGUCUUUGGUAGCAACGAGUUUGGUCAGCUGAUGUUGCCUUCGGAAUACUCUGUAACGACGCCGACGGAAGAGGCGCCGGAUUUGUCUAGUGAAGAAACGAUGAAGCUCGCUUUGACUUGGCCGCAGUUCCUCAAGCUCGAUGAUUUGGGCUUGAUGAAGCGUCACGAGGGUGGUGAGGCUAAACGUCGCAAGCACGGCGAUGACUUCGUCAGGCGCAUAUUCGCAGGCUACUGCACCAGCUUCUUCGAAAGCGGGGUUAGUGGACGCAUUUACGGCAGCGGGCGUAACGCCCAAGGCGAACUCGGGACUGGCGGCGAUGAGCUUCAAGUUUCGCGUCCCACCGAGUUGCGCGGUCUGCGAGGGCUGCGCAUUUCAAAAAUUGUCGGCGGCCAGUUCUUCACUGUCGCCUUGACGGCCGGUGGCAACCUGUAUAGUUGGGGCAAUCGUUCAUACACUGGCAACGGCGGCGAUGACGACUACGCCACCCAACGCACCCCAGCCAAGAUCACGUUCUUCAACGGCAAUGUCGACGAAGUCUUUGUAGGCGCGGAUACAACGUUCGCCAUUAACACUCGUGGCCACCUAUACUCAUGGGGGUCUGGGCAGAACUAUGUUUUGGGCAACGGGAAGGAUUGCUCGUUCCAGAAGACCCCGGUUGUGGUGCAGAAGUCCCUGUUCCACGGCUACAGUGUAGUUGGAGGCAUGGGGGGCUCUCAGCACACCGUAUUUUUGUGUCAUAGGAACAAGUGA